AUGGCGCAUCUGAUGGCGCCUCUUCAGAUCACCGUCAUUGUGAACAGGUCUUUAGAAGGGAGCGAUCUGAGGGCGGGCGAGAGCCCAGGUGGCAACAGAGUGUCCUGUGAAGUGUCCUGUGAAGUCUCCUGUGACCCGUCCUGUGAAGUGUCCUGUGACCUGUCCUGUGACCCGUCCUGUGAAGUGUCCUAUGACCUGUCCUGUGACCUGUCUUGUUACCCAUCCUGUGACCCGUCCUGUGAAGUGUCCUUGUCCUGUGACCCGUCCUGUGACCCGUCCUGUGACCUGUCUUGUUACCUGUCCUGUGACCCAUCCUGUAACCUGUCUUGUUACCUGUCCUGUGACCCGUCCUGUGACCUGUCCUAUGACCCAUCCUGUAACCUGUCCUGUGACCCGUCCUGUGACCCGUCCUGUGACCUGUCUUGUUACCCGUCCUGUGACCCGUCCUGUGACCUGUCUUGUUACCCGUCCUGUGACCCGUCCUGUGACCUGUCCUGGUGUAUAGAAACAGCAGACACCAUCGAGCGGUCAGGUGCCGGCUGUUCCCCAGGCUCUUGA